AAUAUAUGAUCAUGGAUGUAAAAGAUGAUAUACAAUUAUUUGAAUCUAUUGGUUUAAGUGAACAAAAAGCUAAGGAAACUUUAAAAAAUAAACAAGUUUCUAAUAAUUUGAAACUUGCUAUAAUAGAGGCUAAUAAGUAUGGAAUUAUUACACCAGAAAUUGGAAUUUUAUUAUAUCAUCUUGCUUCAAAAAUUAAGAAUCAAAUUGCAGACAAAUUGUCAUUUCUUGCUAAAUACAUAGCUGAAAAGAAAUUAGAUACAAUUCAAAGACUAGAUGCCAGUUUAAAUUAUUUGCUUAAUCAUAUAAAAGAAAAUGUUAAUAUAUCUGAUUUUGAAAAAGAAUGUGGUAUAAAUAUUGUUGUAUCACCAGAAGAAAUAGAAUAUGAAGUAGAAAAAGUAAUAAAUGCACAUAAAAUAGAAAUAACAGAGAAAAGGUAUCAUUUUAAUAUUGGUCCAUUGAUGCAACAAGUACGUAAUAUUUUAAAAUGGGCAGAUGGAAAAGCAAUAAAAAAUGAAUUUGAUAUUCAAAUGCUUGAUUUGUUAGGUCCAAAAUGUGAGUCUGAUCUUGUACCAUUAAAUAAAUCAACAAAACAAGCAAAAAUGCGAAAACCAGUGAAAGAAAAAAUGGAAUCAAAAAAUGUGACAAUAACAAAUGAUAAAGAAGAUGUUGAGACAGUAAAUGAAUUAAUGAAAACUAAAGUUAAUUUUCAUAAACCAGGAGAAAAUUAUAAAACUGAAGGAUAUAUUAUAACACCAAAUACACAUAAAUUACUUCAAGAACAUUUAAAAAUAACAGGUGGUAAGGUAAUAACUAGAUUUCCACCAGAACCUAAUGGAAUUUUACAUAUUGGUCAUGCAAAAGCAAUUAAUAUUAAUUUUGGAUAUGCAGCAGCUCAUGAUGGAAUCUGUUAUUUACGCUAUGAUGAUACAAAUCCUGAAAAAGAAGAAGAAAAAUUUUUUAUUGGUAUUCGUGAAAUGGUAGAAUGGCUCGGUUAUAAACCAGUUAAAAUUACUCAUUCUUCUGAUUAUUUUCAACAGUUGUAUGAAUGGGCUGUUAUGCUUAUUAAAAAAGAUUUAGCAUAUGUCUGUCACCAAUCUAGUGAAGAUAUAAAAGGUUUCAAUCCACCUCCAAGUCCCUGGCGAAAUAGACCAAUUUCAGAAAGUUUACAAUUAUUUGAAGAUAUGAAAAGUGGUUUACUUGAGGAAGGUGAAGCUACAUUACGAAUGAAAGUAACAUUAGAAGAAGGUAAACAAGAUCCAGUUGCAUAUAGAAUAAAAUAUACUCCACAUCAUAGAACAGGAAAUCAAUGGUGUAUUUAUCCAACUUAUGAUUUUACUCAUUGUUUAUGUGACAGUAUAGAGAAUAUAACUCAUUCUCUUUGUACAAAAGAAUUUCAAUCAAGAAGAUCAUCAUAUUAUUGGCUUUGUAAUGCUUUAGAUAUUUAUUGUCCUGUGCAAUGGGAAUAUGGUAGAUUAAAUAUUAGUUAUACAGUUGUUUCUAAAAGGAAAAUCAAUAAAUUGAUUGAAGAAGGCAUUGUAUCAGAUUGGGAUGACCCAAGAUUAUUUACAUUAACAGCUCUUCGUAGGCGAGGUUUUCCUCCUGAAGCUAUAAAUAAUUUUUGUGCACAAAUGGGUGUAACUGGUGCUCAAGUAAUUGUUGAUCCACUUGCUUUAGAGGCAUCUGUUAGAGAUGUCUUAAAUAUAACUGCAAGUCGACACAUGGUAGUUUUAGAUCCAUUAAAAAUAACUAUUAGCAAUUUUCCUCACGAAAAAUCCAUAAAAGUAACAGUUUUUAACUUUCCUAAUGAUCCAGACAAAGGCAAACAUGAGAUUGAUUUUGAUGAAAUUGUAUAUAUUGAAACAUCUGAUUUCAAAGAGAAAGCAGAAAAAGAUUUUAGACGUUUAACACUAAACCAAUCCGUUGGUUUAAAGCAUGUAGGAAUAGUAUUAACAAUCAAGGAAAUUGAAAGAGAUAGUACUGGUAAUAUUGUAAAUCUCAUAGUCAAACAAGAAUCUAUUUCUGAAACUAAUAAACCUAAAGCCUUUAUACAUUGGGUAUCAAAUCCUAUAUUAGCAUCCAUUAGAUUAUAUGAACGUUUAUUUAAACACAAAAAUCCUGAAGAUAUUAAUGAGGUACCAAAUGGCUUUUUAAGUGAUAUUAAUUCAGUCACUAAAAAAGAAAUUGUCGGAUAUAUUGAUAAAAGUUUAGCAAAUUCGGCAAAAAUUUUUGAGAAAUACCAGUUCGAACGUAUAGGCUUUUUUUCUGUAGAUCCUGAUACGUUACCGGGAAAGCUUGUUUUUAACAGAACCGUAACAUUAAAAGAAGAUGCAGGAAAAAUAUAAAUAGAAUUAUUACAUUUAAGCAAUAUAUAUUUUCAACUUGAUAGAUUCAUCAUCAAUUUUUAUAAUAUUUUGUUAUGAUAUUUGUAAAAUAAUAAUUUAAAAAAUUAUUAG